AUGAGUAUUUCAACCAUUAAAAUAUACCUUAAUCGGGCUCUCGAGAACCUUGACUCGCCAUAUCGAGUCAAUGAGGUUGAACCCGACUUACAACAGGCGGAGCAACGCCUCCCUAAUAUCUCCCCAGAAGAUGCGGCUCCGCUAAUCGCACAAAUUGCUGAUAUUCGAGCCAAAUUGGAGAAUGUGGUCAGCCCGGCGGAUGCACGUCAGGUUAACGCAGCUCAAGGUAAAAUCCGCCAGGCUCGCGACUUCAUUGAAACGAAUCAUGGUAAUCUCAACCAAUCUGCUAAAGAUCACGUUGAGGAACUAUUCCAAGGCGCUAUUCAGUUUCUUGACCAGAUCACGGAUUUGCGCAAAGCAGAUAAGUUGAAAGCUCCAAUACUCGCCGAAAUAGACGCCAUCCGCACCCAAUACGGGAGUAAUCGUGCUCCUGCCCCGGUUUAUUACCCCCCGCCCCCUUUCCCUCCUCCCGCUCCGAAGCCUGCCCCGUCUCAAAACUUUCCCCAUGCGAAGAACAAAGUUUUUUGGGCCAAAGAAUAUUUUAAUACGCCUGGCCGCAUCGAACAAACGGAACCCGAACUGGCUCAGGCUGAACAGCUACUCGAGGGCGAUGCAUCUCAGGAGGCUGAUGCCCUCCGCGCAGAGAUUGCGGCGCUUCGAGACAAUUUAGCCGACAUAGUGAUGCCCGCAGAAGAGGCAUAUAUCCGUUCUGCUCAACGAGAUGUUCAGGGUGUUCGUGAUUAUAUCGACCGGCAACGGGAAUUUUUAGAUAGAGCCGAUACAAAACAAGAACUCGACCGUCAGUUGCAGAAAAUCAUCGAGGAGGGACUUAGUAGAAUCAAGCAUCCUCGGAAGGCAGAUCAGCUCAAGGCCCCGAUCUUGGCAGAGAUCGCUCUUAUCCGCUCGCAGCUGAAUAUUGUUCCUUCUACAUAUCCACAGACUCCACAACCACUGAUAGGACCGGCGUGGGCCCAAACCUGGGGUCAGAGUUUGGUUCAGGCUCAGGCUCAGGCUGUUCCCCAAGCUUCACCCCGUAUUGAUUUGAAUGCUCUAUCCUUUGAUGACCGAGACCGUCUUAACCGUGCGAGGAGGGGCAUUGCGCAGGCCCGCAACAAUAUUGAAUCUGGUCGAACGGAGGGCGUUGAGAAUUUAUUCUUCGACGCAACGAACAUACUAGCUCCCGUCAGUAAUGCACACAAAAACCAUCUUGUCGCGGAGAUUGAACAACUUCGCAGGGACUUAGAAGCCACUCGGUUCGCGGAGAGUACCCGUAUUAUCACUGGGGAUCUUGACCGCAAGCUUCAAAAUAUUGAGAUGGACGUCGAGGCGCCCGACCGGCUCCAAUAUAGCGUCAUCUCGUUCAAGCAGCGGUUCGAGCAGGAUGAUGUUCGGCGAAUUCUGACCCCAAAUACAUACCGCGACUACGAAAGCCGGCUUGCUAAUGUGCUCGCUGCCGGUAACGCCCAGAUCAAAACUGAGAAGCUAAAUCGCGCCAAUCCGGCAUUACAGAGGCUCCAGGACAAACUCUCCACCAAUCCUUUUACGAGCCUCCAGCAGUACGAAGCCAACCGCGUUGAUAGUGAACUGCGGAGCAUGAAAUGGCAGGUCGAGAAGGAAAUUAACGAGCUGCCCGAGGAUGAUCCGGACCGCCUGAGGAUCUACGAACUGCUCAAAGAUACCGACGACAAGUUUGCAGCAUACUCCAAUGAGUGGGCAAAAACUGGUAUCCACGAUGCAGUCAAAAGAGAGUGGCAGAUGGUCCGUGAUGAAGUUCAGGGGUGGGAGCAAGAAUUACAUAGCCCCAAUACUCAGGUUCUUGAGGACCCGGAGCCCUCGAUGUCCCGGACCCGUCUUGCUAUCCAUCGCGCCUACUACUACCUCCAUAAAGAUACAUCUGCUCAGCGAACUCGGGACGAGAAUCCUGGGGACUCUGUCAUCGCUGCCGUUGACCGCGAGGCAGAACAUGUUCUUGAAGCCGCGGGGACCAAGCUGAGUUCUGCUUAUUAUCAAAUUAUAGAAGCAGCAGAGCAGAUAGAGACACCCGUUGGCGAUAGAUGGCUUCAAGACAAGCCCGGGUAUCUUAUUACCAAUGCCCAAACAACUUUCGAGAAUACGAAAUUCUGCGAGCCCGUUGUUGAUUGUAUUCGGGCCCUUGAUCAACGUUGGAAGGAUGAAUUAGAGGCCGUUCACCUCGGUAGAGAGAAACUCGGCGAGAAGCUGUCCUCUGAGGCAAUUCAAAAAUGGCCUUCAAUCGUCGCAGCUAUCCCCUCCAUUGUUUCUUAUUUUGACCCGUCUUCAGCUAAGCCCGGAGACACGGUCCAUUUUAACGGAGUUUACAAUCGGGCUGGGUGGGACUUUGAUGGAAAUCAAUACGGUUUCUCAAUGCGCUACAAUGGGGUACCUUUAGGGGGCAUCUACGAGCCGUAUAUAAACAAAGCUCUUGAUUAUGCAGCAUAUCAACUAAAGUUGACAAUCGACGAUCACAAGGAAUGGGACUUGGUCGGUAUCAUCCUAGGGCCGGGAUCAAUUAAUCAAAGAACAAAGAGGACAAUUCGUAUAGGGAUGCAUACUGAAGAGGUCGAGGAAUGGCUUCCUGAGGGUUGCCUUCGGCUUUGCAUCAUUGCUUUGCGAGCUGGUCCUGUUGUUGUCGGGCCGUAG